UUGCCUUCCCAUAGAAAUCAUCAUUCAUAAGAAUAGUCCAGUUUAGAAUAGUUCAUCGAACGGAAUUCUCAUCCUAAACCUAAUCAAAAUGCGUUUCACCAUUGUCUUGGCUCUCUGCUUCAUUGGAGCUGCCUCUGCUAGCUCAUUGAAAAAGCGAAGCUUCCUCGAUGAUAUCCAGAACAACACUCAAAAUGCUUUCCACGCUUUUGAACAAUUCGGUCAAAACUUCAAUGAGAAGGUUCAAGAAGCCUUUAAAAACUUAUUCGACGCUUUUGGAAACAAGAACCAAACAACUGAAGCUUCAGUCACUGUAACCAAGCGAUCCAGCAACCCAUUUGCACUGUUCGAUGAUCUUGGUAAAGGUGAUUUAGUCGCAUUCGCUCAAGACUUGUUGAAAGUUCUUGCUGAUGUAGCUCCUGGUCGACGAAAGCGAUAUGCUGCUGAAGAUCUUAAAGACUUACUCAAAGCUUUCGUAAACAAGAACCAAUCUACUGAAGCUUCAGUCAUCGUAAAUAAGCGAGACAGCAACCCAUUUGCACUCAUUGAUGAUCUUGCUCAAGGUAAUUUAUUCGCAUUUGCUCAUGACUUGUUGAAAGUCCUCGCUGAAGUAGCUCCAGGUCGACGAAAGAGAGAUGCUGCUGAAGACUUCAAGAGUAAGUUGUCAAAUCUUGCCACUCAAUCCAGUGAAUCAUCAGACGUGUUUACUGUUGCCAAAAACAAAGCUCAAGCAGCUAUUGAGAAGCUCUUAACCCUCCACGAACAAUCAAAAAAAUCUAGUCAAUCGUCAAAUGCCUUCACUUUUGCAAAGUUCAACGUUGACGACGCUCUUUGGAAGCUCUUAUCCCUCAUUGAACAAUUAAAACCCCAAGCCAGUCAGUCAUCAGAUGCCUUCAAUGUUGCCAAGAACAAUGCUAACGAUGCUCUUUGGAAGCUCAUUUCCUUCUUUGGCCAAUUGCAACCUCAAUCUCCAAACGCCGUCACUGUUGGAAAACGAUCACUUGACCCAUUUGUUCUCUUCGAUGAUAUUCAAUCAGGUGAUAUAGCAAAGUUUUCUUCAGACUUUUUGAAAGUUCUUGCUGAAGCAGCUACGUUAAGAGGUUGGUGA